AUGUCCCGAUCGAACCCCCCUAACCCCACGGGGUCACGCAAGAUCUCUUUCAACGUCAGUGAGCAGUACGACAUCCAGGAUGUGGUAGGCGAGGGUGCAUAUGGUGUGGUCUGCUCCGCCAUUCACAAGCCUUCUGGCCAAAAGGUGGCCAUCAAGAAGAUCACCCCCUUCGAUCACUCCAUGUUCUGUCUAAGAACCCUGCGCGAGAUGAAGCUGCUACGAUACUUCAACCACGAGAAUAUCAUCUCCAUCCUCGAUAUCCAGAAGCCCCGAAAUUACGAGUCAUUUAACGAAGUCUACCUCAUCCAGGAGCUCAUGGAGACGGAUAUGCAUAGAGUGAUCCGCACCCAGGACCUGUCGGACGACCACUGCCAGUACUUCAUCUACCAGACGCUCCGCGCGCUCAAGGCCAUGCACUCGGCCAACGUGCUGCACCGUGACCUCAAGCCCUCGAACCUUCUGCUCAACGCCAACUGCGACUUGAAGGUGUGCGAUUUCGGUCUUGCGCGAUCUGCGGCUUCGCAAGAGGACAACUCGGGAUUCAUGACCGAAUAUGUCGCGACUCGAUGGUACCGCGCACCCGAGAUUAUGUUGACUUUCAAGGAGUACACCAAGGCCAUUGACGUGUGGUCUGUUGGCUGCAUUCUGGCUGAGAUGCUCAGCGGCAAGCCUCUUUUCCCUGGCAAGGACUACCACCACCAGUUGACGCUCAUCCUGGACGUGCUGGGCACGCCCACGAUGGAGGACUACUAUGGAAUCAAGUCGCGCCGUGCACGAGAAUACAUCCGAUCUCUGCCUUUCAAGAAGAAGGUGCCUUUCCGAACGCUAUUCCCCAAGACUUCGGACCUCGCUCUCGACCUGCUGGAGAAGCUCCUCGCAUUCAACCCGGUUAAGCGCAUCACAGUGGAGGAGGCUCUGAAGCACCCAUACCUCGAGCCCUACCAUGACCCCGAGGACGAGCCCACAGCGCCCCCGAUCCCUGAGGAGUUCUUUGACUUUGACAAGCACAAGGACAACCUCAGCAAGGAGCAGCUGAAGCAGCUCAUCUACCAGGAGAUUAUGAGGUAA